GGUUCAAUUAGAAAGAGCAUUUGUUGCCAAAGUUGCUUAAUCAAUUCUAUUUUGAUAUCCAGGGAAGUUCUGAAAAGCAUUGAAAAUGUCAUCCUGGAAAUAGUGACUCAUCUGUCAAAGGAUGAGGCACCAACCCUUGUGCUGCCAAACCGAAACAGCUGGGACAAUGUCAGUUUUGACAGUGACAUCGGGCUUCGGAUGAGUUCAACAAGUGCCGUCAGGACGGUCAGAAGUGACUGCCCCAAAACUGCCACUACAUUUUCCCAGAUUCUCAAGAUUCUCUCUAUCAGUUACAGACUUGUGCAGAGCAACUCAUAUGCCACAAAAAGAGACAUCUACUACACCCAUCCACAGCUGUUUGGCUCCCAGAAAACAGUUGAUAAACUAGUUGAUGAUGUGGCCUGCAUGCUAAAGAUUCCUCGAAGAUCUCUUCACGUGUUGGCCACAUCCAAAGGUUUAAUCUCAGGUGAUCUUUGUUAUUUGGAGAAGGACGGCACGAGGAUCGACUGCCACUCAAACUCCGCUGCUGUUGCGGUCUCAUCAAACAUUGAAGGCAUCCAUAACAUUGUAUCAUCCGCCAAGUUCAUCCUGGUAGUUGAGAAGGACGCUACGUUUCAGCGACUACUUCAGGAUGACUUUUGCACCAAGCUUUCUCCGUGUAUCAUGAUCACAGGUAAAGGCUUUCCAGAUGUGAACAGCAGGUUGAUGGUGAGAAAGCUCUGGGAUGUGCUCCACAUCCCAGUCUUCAUUCUGGUGGAUGCUGACCCACAUGGCAUCGAGAUCAUGUGUGUCUACAAAUAUGGAUCAGUGGCCAUGUCGUUUGAGGCCCAAAGCCUGACCGUCCCCAGUGCCAUGUGGUUGGGCCUUCUCCCCUCGGACCUCGAGAGGUUACAGGUUCCCAGAAAUGCUCUGAUCCCCUUCACCAAAGCUGAUGAAAACAAACUGGGCAGCCUCCUCAAAAGGCCCUAUAUAACGGACCGACCAGAGUGGCUUAAAGAGAUGAUGCUGAUGCAGAAGAAUAAACUCAAGGCUGAAAUCCAGUCGCUGGCAGCCAUAGGUCCAGAUUUCCUCACCAGCAUCUACCUGCCCAACAAACUGCGCUUUGGGGGCUGGUUAUGAGCGCAAUGCUGCCACCCAGCGGAAUGACAGGCGUACUGACAACGUUGUCAGUCACCCGACCCUGUAUGGAACAGAUUAGUUUGACCUAUAUUCAUAAAAUAGCUUGUUUAUUUCACAUGUAGGUAAGGACAACAGCAAGAAUUCAGAAUUUGGGAGAUGGAAUGGGUGACAAGGUUUAAACACGGUUUAGUCAACAGCAGAAAUUUUGAUUCCUAAAACAUGUUGCUUGUUAGCAUUUGAAAGCUCUAUAAAGCUUUUCCUAUUUUAUAGAUCUGAUUUUGGGGGGGGAAAUACUUAUGUUGAAUUGAUGGUCCAAUUAUUGAAAUGAAUUAAAUAAAAAUGAAUUGAUCUCAGA